GCGUCCCUGGGGUCACGUGGUGCGCAGCACGCAGAGUCCUUCUGUCGGUUGGUCCUGGAGCGGCGCAGCAGGAGCGGGGCCGUGAGUUUAUGCCAUGUCAAGAACAUAAUCCUAGGAAUUUAAAGGCUGACUCUUAGGCAUUUAGGAGAAUAAAAGCAGCCCCAUUGAUGACUGAAAAUGACAAAGCAUCCACCUAACAGAAGAGGAAUCAGCUUUGAAAUCGGAGCCCAGUUGGAAGCCCGGGACCGUUUAAAAAACUGGUAUCCAGCUCACAUAGAAGACAUUGACUACGAAGAAGGAAAAGUACUCAUCCAUUUCAAGCGUUGGAACCAUCGUUAUGAUGAGUGGUUUUGCUGGGACAGUCCUUACUUACGCCCUUUAGAGAAAAUACAGCUGAGGAAAGAGGGUUUACAUGAAGAGGAUGGAUCUUCUGAAUUUCAGAUAAACGAGCAGGUCCUUGCUUGCUGGUCUGAUUGUCGUUUUUACCCAGCCAAAGUCACUGCUAUUAACAAGGAUGGUACUUACACUGUGAAAUUUUAUGAUGGAGUAGUUCAGACUGUUAAACAUAUUCAUGUCAAAGCUUUUUCCAAAGAUCAGAAUAUUGUGGGUAAUGCUAGGCCUAAAGAAACAGAACACAAAAGUCUGUCAUCAUCUCCUGAUAAACGAGAGAAGUUUAAAGAGCAGAGAAAAGCCACAGUCAAUGUGAAGAAAGACAAAGAGGAUAAAGCCUUAAAGACAGAAAAGCGACCCAAGCAGCCUGACAAAGAAGGAAAGUUAAUCUGUUCCGAAAAAGGAAAGGUGUCCGAGAAAAACCUUCCCAAGAACGAGAAGGAAGAUAAGGAGAACAUUUCAGAGAAUGACAGGGAAUACUCUGGAGACACCCAAGUGGAUAAGAAACCUGAAAACGACAUUGUGAAGAGUCCACAAGAGAACUUGAGGGAGCCAAAAAGAAAACGAGGCAGACCCCCUUCCAUAGCUCCUACUGCAGUGGAUUCAAAUUCUCAAACGUUACAACCAAUAACACUGGAACUGAGGAGACGGAAAAUAUCAAAAGGAAGUGACAUCCCAUUAAAACGUCCUCGACUUGACAAAAAUUCAUCCCAGGAAAAGUCAAAAACCUGCUCUGAAAAAGACUUAGCCAGGAGACGGUCUUCUAGGCUAUCCACUAAUGGGACCCAUGAGGUCCUAGAUCCUGAUUUGGUUGUACCAGAUUUGGUUGAUACAGUUGAUGCAGAUCCUCUACAAGACACAUCAGCUAGUACAAAGGAAUCCAAAGAAGAUCAGUUGAAAUCUCCUUUGGAAGCUGGCCAGGUCUCAUCUGUGCUAACGUGCCACUCCUUUGGGGAUGGAUUAGGGGCUGCAGGCUUGGAGUUGAACUGCCAGUCAAUGGGAGAAAACACUAUGAAAACUGAACCAGCAUCUCCUCUUGUAGAGUUAAAAGGGAUUUCGACUGUGGAAGUACCAAAUACUUUUAAGAAAACAGAUGAUUUUAUGACAUCUAAUGUGCCAGCUGUCGACCUGGACCACAAAUUUAGAUGCAAGGUUGUGGACUGUUUAAAAUUUUUUCGCAAAGCUAAACUGCUGCACUAUCACAUGAAAUAUUUUCAUGGAAUGGAGAAGUCGCCAGAGCCAGAGGAGAGCCCAGGGAAGAGGCAUGUCCAAACAAGGGGCUCUUCAGCUUCUGACAAGGCCAACCAGGAGAGCUUGACCAGGAAGCGAGUCUCCACGAGUUCCCCAACUGCAAAAGACAAGGAAAAGAAUAAAGAGAAAAAGUUCAAAGAACUUGUGAGAGUGAAACCAAAGAAGAAGAAGAAAAAGAAAAAGAAAAUCAAACCUGAAUGCCCCUGCAGUGAGGACAUCAGUGACACUUCCCAGGAACCAUCGCCACCCAAGGCAUUUGCUGUCACCAGGUGUGGGUCCUCACACAAGCCUGUGGUCCAUAUGAGCCCACAGCUUCAUGGCUCAGAAUCUGGCAACCACAAAGGGAAAUUGAAAGCUUCUGAGGAAGAUAAUUUGAGUGAAUCUUCUUCUGAGAGCUUUCUUUGGAGUGACGAGGAGUAUGGUCAAGAUGUUGAUGUGACCACCAAUCCAGAUGAGGAACUUGAUGCUGAUGACCACUAUGACUUUGAGGUGGUCCGUUGCAUCUGUGAAGUACAGGAGGAAAAUGAUUUCAUGAUUCAGUGUGAAGAGUGCCAGUGCUGGCAGCAUGGGGUCUGCAUGGGAUUACUGGAAGAAAAUGUACCUGAGAAAUACACCUGUUAUGUUUGCCAAGACCCUCCAGGUCAGAGGCCUAGCUUUAAGUAUUGGUAUGACAAGGAGUGGUUAAGCAGAGGACAUAUGCAUGGCCUAGCAUUUUUGGAAGAAAACUACUCCCAUCAGAAUGCUAAGAAGAUUGUGGCCACCCAUCAGCUUCUUGGGGACGUGCAGAAAGUGAUCGAGGUUCUACAUGGCCUACAGCUCAAGAUGAGCAUCUUGCAAAGCAGGGAGCAUCCUGAUCUGCAGUUGUGGUGCCACCCUUGGAAACAGCACUCAGGAGAAGGGAGAACUCAUUCCAAACACAUCCAUGUCCUGGAUGCCAGGAGCAAGGAAGAAGCCCCCAGCUAUAGAACUUUGAAUGGGACAGUAGAGAAGCCCCUACCCUUGCCCCAGUCUGUAGAGGAAUCCUACAUCACCAGCGAACACUGCUACCAGAAGCCGCGGGCCUACUAUCCUGCUGUGGAACAGAAGUUGGUGGUAGAGACACGUGGCUCUGCCCUUGAUGAUGCAGUCAACUCACUCCAUGAGAAUGAUGAUCCCCUCUCCCCUCGCCUGGGCUGGCCUCUGGACCAAGAAACGAACAGAGGGGACAGCGACCCCAAACCUAGCCCCCCAAAGGUGAGGGACUGUGUCUCCAAAAAGGUCCUACCAGAGGAAGCCUCUGCUCGGAAGCUGCUGGACAGAGGUGGGGAGGGGUUGGUGAGCUCCCAGCAUCAGUGGCAGUUUAACCUGCUGACACAUGUGGAAUCUCUUCAGGACGAAGUCACGCACAGGAUGGACUCCAUUGAGAAGGAACUGGAUGUGCUGGAGAGCUGGCUGGACUACACUGGGGAGCUGGAGCCCCCGGAGCCACUGGCUAGGCUUCCACAGCUCAAGCAUUGCAUCAAGCAGCUGCUGAUGGACCUAGGCAAGGUGCAGCAGAUUGCUCUCUGCUGCUCCACAUGAAACACAUAUUUAAAUAAACCUAGCAUGCUGAAUGCACGUGACACUGACUGACUUCAGGGAUCUGGCCAGGAGUGUGAUGAACAUUGGAAAAAAGAGGCCAUUUUGGCUGCUGGAGGGCAGGGCACUGUCAUCUUGGAAUCCUACCAAGAAGGUAGCAAAUAGACUCUUGGGAUUCCCUUCUGUGCACAUCACUGAAUGGAGAGAGUCUUUUUGCACAAACUUCACUUGAAAUUGUGCCACUGUUGAUGACAAAUGGAAUGAGAGCCAAAAAAAUUUAGUUGGAAACAGUUGUAAAUUCAGUCUUCAGUUUAUUUAAUGGACUUUGCUGUCAGGUUGCGGGUACUUGCCAACCUUUCUUGUUUUGCCUGGGAUGAAGUUUAGGCAGCAAGCACCCUUUUCAUUUUCCAGCUUCAUGGGAAUAUUGGGACUUCACCACGCUGUGGAGGUUGGGAAGGAGCAGAGGCCUCAACUGUCCUGCCUUUUCCUUAGGAUGCUUCACUUUUCUUACCACAUCUCUUGCAUGACUUCAUGGUACCAGGGACAAGUUUUGUAUGCUUUUCACCCGGAAUUGCCUGGGUCGUGGCUUUGUCAGAGUCUGUACAGCCAGUGGAACAACUAGAAUUGUAAUAAGAAUUCUAGGAGGAAUUCCAGAUGGAAGUAGGCAGGGUCUGGAACCCAAAAGACACUUCUUAAUGUUGACAGCUUACCAGUUCUAUUUAAAGUCCAAAAAAUGUUUCCCAAAAUUUUGAACUCUUUCACUGUAAAGAUGUAUCACAAAGAAUGUGGUUUGGGGAGUUACUUCAUUUUAUAUUGUCAACAAACUCAAAUUCUGUUUUGCCACUUUUCUCCUUUCCUGAAGGGUAUGUCCACUAGUUGGCAUUUUCAGAAUUGUUAAUAUACUUAACACUUUGAAGUUCUUAUUUGUAUUACUUUGUGAGAUCAAGGUGAUUAUGCUGCUUAAGAGUUAGGUAUAACCUGUUUGUACCUUUCAAGACAUUUAUGUUAUUUUUGUAGGUUACAGUUCCAUGUAUAAUUGCUACAUUUUGUUUCCUUCCCAUACAAAUUCAAAGAAAAUGUCCCAUGCUUUGAAGAACGACCAUUUUAUCUUUUCUUAUCACUAAAGGCAAAAGUCAAAGCAUAGUUGCCUGUUAACACGAGUUAAUUAUGGGUUUAUGAAUCUGUAAUGUUACAUGCUGCAGAUAUUUACUAUAUAAACAUGAAGCUGCCAAUAUUUCUAUAGCACUGAUAGUAUCUCCAGAGACUUCUACAAUGGUUAGGCUUUAAGGCAUGAAUGCAGGAAUUCAGGCCUCUGUACUAAGAUGUUUCAGGGAAUGCGGUCAGGCAAUGUUUGCCAUUUGAUGUAAAAUAAAUUAUAGGACAAGUUGACCUGUGCAACUUACCCAUCACAGGGAAUACAUGCAGCUGUAAUAUUUAAUAAUGAAACUGACCUAAUUCCUCUACAAGAGGCAGUUUGCCUUUGCUAACACUGGUGUUUCUGGUAUAAGAAAUACUUAAAAGAGUAUGUAUGGCAUCUAUGCUUUAGGUAAUUUAUCAGACAGCUGCAGCAUGAGAAAUGUGUGGUACUUUUCUAAAAAAGGAAAAGGCACAGAUCAUUUUCUGUACCCACAACUAUGAGGUAUGAUGACAGUUGUAUUACUGUUUUCUUUUCUGAAAUUACACUUGAGUAUAUUUGGGGAAGCUGUAACUUUUAAGGUAGUUGAUUCUGUAUCUUUAAGAGGGAAGCAGAAACUCAAGUUUUGUCAAGUGGUUCUUACGGGGUUUACCAUUUAGGUUUAUAAAGGAAAUAAUCCUGUUUGACUCCUUGUUACAUUUGUUCUUAGGGAAGCAGGGAGACCCCCCAAGUUCUGAUAACCUCUGUGUUUCCCUAAUUUAAAGCCAUGUUGAGGGGCUCCAUUCCAAUUUCUGGGUCUAGGUUAAUUAACCCUAGGUUGGAGCCAUUGGAAACUGUUAUUUGCGAGUAUUUCUGAUACCAUUUAGAAAUAUGUGCACUACCUAAGUUUUUGUCUAUUGGGAAAAACUACCCACCUAUAAAAUAUUGCCUUGACUUAAAA